UUCUUUAUUUUUUCCCUUUUUUCUUUCUUUUCGUCUUCUUUUUACCGAAACUACUGCCCUGUGCACCUAAUUCGUUUUUGCGGUGGCAUGUGGUGUAUGAGCAUCAUGAGGCAGGAUGGUCCACAGCCCCGGUAGAGAGCAGUAAGAGCAUGGCGUGGAGGGGACGCCGCGUUGACCGGUCCACCCUCUGGGCGUCUCUUCUCCUCCUCGGCGCAUCCCUCCUGCUGCCCCCCGCUCUGGCCGGACCGGCCCGCGCCCCCAUCCUUCCCGGCCAGCCCUUCCUGGUGUUCUGGGGGGUCCCCGACAGGGGCUGUCCGGGGCGCCCCGACCCCUCGGCCUUCGGGAUGGAGUGGCAGGGCCGCGUGGCCGUGUUCUACGAGGACACCCUGGGCCUGUACCCCUUCUUCACCGCCCUGGACCAGCCCAUCAACGGAGGCCUUCCGCAGCACACCAGCCUGAACACCCACCUCCAGCGGGUAGAGGCUGACCUCCUGACCGCCCUGCCCCAGGCCGGGGCUCCAGGGCUGGGCGUGCUGAGGUGGAAGGAGUGGUCGCCCCAGUGGAGCAGGAACAGGGGCAAACAGGCCAAGUACCAGCAAGGGUCGCGGGCCUUGCUCAGGGGGUUCUUCCCCGACUGGAGUCCUGAGGAGGUGGAGAAGUGGGCACAGGUGGACUUUGAGGCGGCCGCUCAGGCCAUCCUGAUGGAGACGCUGCGGGAGGUCAGGCGUCUGCGGCCCCAGAGCCUGUGGGGCGUGGCGCCCUUCCCCGACUGCUACAACUCCGGCCCACUCCAGCUCCUGUCUAACUACACAGGCCGCUGUCCGGCCGCCGAGAUGGCCCUCAACGACGAGCUGAUGUGGCUAUGGAAACGGAGCACGGCCAUCUACCCUACUCUGAUGAUGGACAAGUUCCCACCGGGGUCCAAGGGGCCCUGGCUUUACUCCUCCAAUCAGAUUCGAGAGGCGUUGAGAGUGGCAGCUCUGGCGGGAACCGCCUACGACCUUCCAGUGUUUCCAUUAGUCAGGACUGUCUAUGCAUCCACCAAUAACUACCUGUCUGAGGCGGAUCUGGUGAACUCAGUGGGAGAGAGUGCUGCCAUGGGAGCCGCUGGAGUCAUCAUGUGGGAGAGAACCUUCUUAGCAAAGACUCAGAAGUCCUGUUCUGAGAUGGCGUCUUUCAUACGGGACGUGCUGGGCCCGUACGUGGUGAACGUCACCACGGCGACGCGUCUGUGCGGCGUGUCCCUGUGCCAGGGCCGCGGGCGCUGCGUGCGCAAGAACCAGGAGGACCCCGUCUACCUCCACCUGCCCUCCGCCAACUUCCGCCUGCUGCCCGAGGGGGCCGAGGGCGUACGGGCCGCCGGCGAGCUUGACCCCGCCUUCCUGGACACCUGGAGGCGGGACUUCCGCUGCCAGUUCUACGAGGCCCUGGAGGGCGCCGCCGCAGACCAGGAGUCCGGGGGCUCGGACACCCGGGGGGCCAACUCACGCCCCUCGCUCAAGUCCCCCGCCCUGGCAGGACAGGCACCAGGGCUGGGGCAGGGGCAGGGGCAGGGGCAGAGUGAGGGGGCGGGGGCAGGGGUAACAGUUGGACAAGUCCCCAAGGACAGUGGCGUCUCAACUCUCCAGCCCACGGCCCACCUGCUCUUCCUGCUUGUGGCGACUGGACUCCUCUUGAGCCGCUGA